AGGGAGGCAUCCCUGCUGUUGCUGCUGCUCUUGCUGUCAUCCACUGGUUCUCUACAAUGGCUUCGGCUCACACUCUGCUUGGACUCCUUGCUGUCUCCAUCUUCCUCUCCCUGACACUGGGUGUCCCAGGACAGCCAAAGGCCAAACUUCAGAAUCCCAAAGGAAAGAGGAAAGGGGAGGUGAGGCCAAAAGUUCUUCCCUCGGUGGCUCAGGCAUCCUUAGACUUGGUCCAAAGGGUGAAGCUGCCAGGGGAGAAGGUGUUUGCUUUAAUGGAAGAAUAUGAGAGGAGCAUCCAGGAGAUGGUAUCCCAGCUGAGGAACAGCUCAGAGACAUCCAAAGGAAAAUGUGAGGUCAACCUGCAACUGUGGAUGUCCAACAAGAGGAGUCUAUCUCCAUGGACAUACAGCUUGAACCAUGACCCAGCUCGUAUCCCUGUGGACCUCCCAGAGGCCCGCUGCCUUUGUCUAGGCUGCAUCAAUCCUUUCACGAUGCAGGAGGACCGAACCAUGGUGAGUGUGCCUAUUUACAGCCAGAUCCCCGUACGUCGCCACCUCUGCUCCUUGUUUCCCCGGGCUGGCUGGAGGAAGCAGAAGGCCUGCACCCCAAGGACUGUUAUGGAGACUAUCGCUGUGGGCUGCACGUGUAUUUUCUAAGCCGGGAACAGAGGAAGUCAUUCUCUCCUCUCUGAUGAAGGACCUAGGAUGCUGAACCACAGAUGGGCUGCCCUUAGCAUUGCUGAUCCAACAGUUCAAUCUAAGUCAAUGAAUAUUUGUUAAAUGUCCAUCAUAUACAAAGCCCUAUAUUUGGAUACAAAGAUGGAAGAUGAAGCUGUCUUGUUCAGUUUUUGGACAUGACCAAUAUAGGAAUUUGUUUUACUAUUCUCUGCAUAUUUGUUGAGGGUUUUUUAAAUUAUCGACUUAUUGGAAGGAGAGGAAGGAAAGGAUAAAUGCAUGGAAAAAAAUGUUUUGUUUUGUUUUUUAAACCCAAUCAGCUACAAUAAAGGUUAGACUUGGAAAAAUGGUGGGCAGUGGGGAUGGAGAGCAGGCAAGAAAAAAGAAAAUGACUUCAAGGAAUAAGAAUCCUCUGGGAUAGGGGAGAGAAGAUAUAACAAAUACACAGUAGAAUACAAGGUAGAUUAUGUUGCAAGAAAAAAAGAAA